AUGGAUUCUGAAUCAAGGAGUAGUUUAAUGGGAAGCUUUCUUCAGCCACCAGACGAGGUGUUUCCUGCAGGCUUUGCUAAUGUAGAAUCAAAGAAGUUGGCAGCUGUUGGUGGUGACAGACCUUCUAUCCCCAAUAACCAAGCUGUGCUGGCAGCCCUGAAAACUCUCCAAGAAAAGAUCCACCGUCUAGAGGUGGAGAAGUCACAGGCUGAAGAUAAUCUGAGCAGCCUCUCCAUUGCAGCUGCUCAGUAUAAGAAGACCUUAGAGCAGGAGUCCCACAGAAAGGACACAGCACAUCAAGAGCUGAUGCAGCAGAGGAAAGAGAUAAGUGUGCAGUUAAGUGCAGCACAAUCCCGCUGCUCCCUGCUGGAGAAACAGCUGGAUUACAUGAAGAAAAUGGUUUCCAGUGUGGAACUGGAAAAGAAAACGAUUUUAGAACACCAGAAAGAGGAAGAUCAAAACUGGUUGGAAUUGCAUGCAAAACUUGAAAAGCUUGAAUUGCUGGAAAAAGAGUGUCUCAAACUUACUGCUACUCAGAGAAUCGCAGAGGACAAAAUCAAACACUUAGAAGAAAAGCUUUGUAAAGAAGAGCAUCAGCAUAAGCUUCUACAAGACAAAACUGCUCAGCUUGAAACAGGAUUUGAAGUAAGCAGAAUUUUGAUGUCUUCAGCACCAUCUCAAAAAGAACCUAAAAAGGAAAAUGGGAAGAAGAAAAAAACUAAGAAGAGAAAUCCCACAAUGAAGAAAACGCACCUUUCACAGUUACACGUAAGGGCUGGUGAACUGCCUUUUGUGGCUGGGAAGUCUGUCAGCUCCAGCCACUCUGUCAGUGCAAACGUGCAGAGUGUGCUGCAUCUCAUGAAGCAUCGCAGCCCAUGGAUCUCAUCACGGAGCCAAGGAGGAGCUACACCUGGGAUUUCAGGAUGCAAUGCACUUUCAGAACCUGAAUCCUCUUGGGCCCCAUCACCUGCUGCCACCAGAAGACUUUCGGACCAUCUGUUGGCCCUACAGGACGAGCUGGGCCAAAUGAGCUUUAGGUAUCAAGAACUUGUGAAGCAGAUACAGGAGACUCAAGACUCCAGAGUUUGUGAAGACCUAGAACAGAAGCUGGAUUGCCUUGUUCAACACAUGGAGUUCAAAGGAGAACAAAUAUCCACGCUGAAAAAGCAUCAGGCUGCUGUACAGAAAGUCAAGAGAAAAACUCAGAAAUUGAAGCAAGGGGCAGCUCAUGUCAAACCAAAUCAUGGUGACCCAAAGGAAGCAAAGGAGAUUGCAGUUACUGUAAGGGAAAGUAUGUCUAAAUCUUGUUCUGGGCAGAGAAGCAGAAGCUCUCUUCAGCUGCUAAAAAAUGUGCAGAAACUUCAGUCAGCACUGAAAAAAGAUGAUAUCAUGUGGGAACAAUAG